CUCCGGACCCCGCCCGCACCCCGCCCCCCCUCCGCCGCCGCCGCGGCGGCGGGGCCCGGCGGCCCGAGCCGUGCAGUCGGAAACCCUUGUGCAUGAAGACAGAUUUGUUCUAUGGCCUCGGAGUUGGGUGCCGGGGACGAUGGCGGCUUCACUGAGCUGGCAAAGCCCCUCUAUCUUCAGUACCUGGAGAGGGCCCUCCGGUUGGACCAUUUCCUGCGACAAACAUCAGCCAUCUUCAACAGGAAUAUUUCUAGUGAUGAAAGUGAAGAUGGACUGGAUGACAAUAAUCCUUUAUUACCCCAAUCUGGGGAUCCCUUGAUACAAGUUAAGGAAGAACCUCCAAAUUCAUUGCUUGGUGAGACUUCUGGAGCAAGUAGUUCUGGAAUGUUAAACACAUACUCAUUGAAUGGAGUUCUACAGUCAGAAACAAAAUCUGACAAAGGGAAUUUAUAUAACUUCUCUAAGUUGAAGAAAAGCAGAAAGUGGCUAAAGAGCAUUCUGCUAAGUGAUGAAUCCAGUGAGGCAGAUUCUCAGAGUGAAGACAAUGAUGAUGAAGAAGAAGAAGAAGAAGAAGAAGAAGAAGAACUCAAUCUCAGCAGAGAAGAACUUCAUAAUAUGUUGCGACUGCACAAAUAUAAGAAACUUCACCAGAAUAAGUAUAGUAAAGACAAGGAGUUGCAGCAAUACCAAUACUACAGUGCAGGACUGCUCUCCACAUAUGACCCUUUCUAUGAGCAGCAACGGCACCUUCUUGGACCCAAAAAAAAGAAAUUCAAGGAAGAAAAGAAACUUAAAGCUAAGUUGAAAAAAGUGAAGAAAAAAAGGCGAAGAGAUGAAGAACUUUCCUCUGAAGAAUCCCCUCGUCGCCACCACCACCAGACCAAAGUCUUUGCCAAGUUCUCUCAUGAUGCACCUCCUCCUGGCACCAAGAAGAAGCACUUAUCCAUUGAGCAGCUCAAUGCCCGUCGCAGGAAAGUAUGGCUCAGUAUUGUGAAAAAGGAACUACCAAAGGCCAACAAGCAGAAAGCUUCAGCUCGUAACCUGUUUCUCACCAAUAGCCGCAAGCUCGCCCACCAAUGCAUGAAGGAGGUGCGUCGAGCUGCCUUGCAGGCCCAGAAAAACUGUAAGGAGACCUUACCUCGUGCUCGCCGCCUCACCAAGGAAAUGCUUCUAUACUGGAAGAAGUAUGAGAAGGUGGAGAAAGAACACCGCAAACGUGCAGAGAAGGAAGCCUUGGAGCAACGGAAGUUGGAUGAAGAAAUGCGGGAGGCCAAGAGGCAGCAGCGAAAACUGAACUUCCUCAUCACCCAGACAGAGUUGUAUGCCCAUUUCAUGAGUCGCAAACGAGACAUGGGUCACGAUGGGAUCCAGGAAGAAAUCUUAAGGAAACUGGAAGAUAGUUCUACACAGAGACAAAUUGACAUUGGUGGAGGGGUUGUAGUUAACAUCACACAGGAGGAUUAUGACAGUAACCAUUUCAAAGCCCAGGCCCUGAAGAAUGCUGAAAAUGCUUACCAUAUUCAUCAGGCUCGGACAAGGUCAUUCGAUGAAGAUGCAAAAGAAAGUCGAGCAGCUGCCCUACGGGCAGCAAACAAGUCUGGCACUGGGUUUGGGGAGAGUUAUAGCCUGGCAAACCCAUCUAUCCGGGCUGGUGAGGAUAUUCCACAGCCUACAAUUUUUAAUGGCAAAUUAAAAGGUUAUCAGCUGAAAGGCAUGAAUUGGUUGGCAAAUCUCUAUGAACAGGGUAUUAAUGGCAUUCUUGCCGAUGAAAUGGGACUUGGUAAGACAGUACAGAGCAUUGCCCUCCUUGCCCAUCUGGCUGAGAGAGAGAACAUUUGGGGACCUUUCUUAAUAAUUUCACCUGCUUCUACACUUAACAAUUGGCACCAGGAGUUUACUAGAUUUGUUCCUAAAUUUAAGGUGCUACCAUAUUGGGGAAAUCCUCAUGAUAGAAAAGUUAUCAGGAGGUUCUGGAGUCAGAAGACCCUCUACACUCAGGAUGCCCCCUUCCAUGUGGUUAUCACCAGUUACCAGCUGGUGGUGCAGGAUGUAAAGUAUUUCCAGCGAGUCAAGUGGCAGUACAUGGUAUUGGAUGAGGCUCAGGCGCUCAAGAGUAGUUCCAGUGUUCGUUGGAAGAUACUCUUGCAGUUUCAGUGUCGGAAUCGGCUUUUGCUAACUGGGACCCCCAUUCAGAACACCAUGGCAGAGCUCUGGGCUCUGCUGCAUUUCAUUAUGCCAACAUUAUUUGAUUCACAUGAGGAAUUUAAUGAAUGGUUUUCCAAGGACAUUGAGAGCCAUGCUGAAAACAAAUCUGCCAUAGAUGAGAAUCAACUCUCUCGCUUACACAUGAUCUUGAAGCCAUUUAUGCUGAGGAGAAUCAAGAAAGAUGUGGAAAAUGAAUUGUCUGACAAGAUUGAGAUUCUAAUGUAUUGCCAACUGACCAGCCGACAGAAGCUGCUAUAUCAGGCACUAAAGAACAAAAUUUCCAUUGAGGAUUUAUUGCAGUCUUCUAUGGGCUCUACCCAGCAAGCACAGACAACCACCAGCAGCCUCAUGAAUCUGGUCAUGCAGUUUAGGAAGGUGUGUAAUCACCCAGAGUUAUUUGAACGACAAGAAACUUGGUCUCCAUUUCAUAUUGCCCUAAAGCCAUACCAGAUUUCAAAGUUUAUCUACCGUCAUGGACAGAUCAGGGUCUUCAACCAUUCACGAGACAGGUGGUUAAGGGUUCUUCUUUCUCCAUUUGCACCAGACUAUAUCCAGCAGUCUCUGUUUCACAGAAAAGGUGUUAAUGAAGAAAGCUGUUUCUCUUUCCUUCGCUUUAUUGAUGUAUCUCCAGCUGAAAUGGCAAACCUCAUGCUUCAGGGACUUUUGGCCAGAUGGUUAGCUCUUUUCCUGUCUCUGAAAGCCUCCUACAGGCUCCAUCAGCUGCGCUCCUGGGGAGAGCCAGAAGGGGAGAGCCAGCAGAAAUAUCUGAGAAACAAGGAUUUCCUUCUUGGGGUUAAUUUUCCACUCUCCUUUCCCAACCUUUCCAGCUGCCCUUUGUUAAAGUCUCUGGUUUUCAGCAGCCACUGUAAAGCAGUGAGUGGCUACUCAGACCAGGUCAUCCAUCAGCGGAGAUCAGCUACCUCCUCGCUUCGUUGCUGCCUGCUCACUGAGCUGCCAUCUUUUUUGUGUGUGGCCAGUCCACGAGUCACCGCAGUGCCAUUGGAUUCUUACUGCAAUGACCGAAGUGCAGAAUAUGAGCGGCGAGUGCUGAAGGAAGGAGGGAGUCUGGCAGCCAAGCAGUGUUUGUUGAAUGGGGCCCCUGAACUGGCGGCAGACUGGCUAAAUCGACGGUCCCAGUUCUUUCCAGAACCAGCUGGAGGACUGUGGAGCAUUAGGCCUCAGAAUGGCUGGUCUUUCAUCAGGAUUCCAGGCAAGGAGAGCCUCAUCACUGACAGUGGAAAGCUGUAUGCCCUUGAUGUCCUGUUGACUCGGCUCAAGUCUCAAGGACAUAGGGUCCUUAUCUACUCCCAGAUGACCAGGAUGAUAGACCUGCUGGAGGAAUAUGUGGUUUACAGGAAGCAUACCUACAUGAGGCUUGAUGGCUCAUCCAAGAUCUCAGAGAGGCGGGACAUGGUUGCUGAUUUUCAGACCAGGAAUGACAUUUUUGUGUUCCUGCUAAGUACACGAGCUGGAGGACUGGGUAUCAAUCUGACUGCGGCAGAUACAGUGAUUUUUUAUGAUAGCGAUUGGAACCCCACUGUGGAUCAGCAGGCCAUGGACAGGGCCCACCGCUUGGGGCAGACAAAGCAGGUUACCGUGUACCGACUCAUCUGUAAGGGCACCAUUGAAGAACGCAUUCUGCAGCGAGCCAAGGAGAAGAGUGAGAUUCAGCGGAUGGUGAUUUCUGGUGGAAACUUCAAACCGGAUACCUUGAAACCCAAAGAGGUGGUUAGCCUUCUUCUAGACGAUGAAGAAUUGGAGAAAAAAUUGAGACUCCGACAAGAAGAGAAACGGCAGCAGGAGGAAACCAACCGAGUUAAAGAGCGCAAGCGCAAGCGGGAAAAAUACGCAGAGAAGAAGAAAAAGGAAGAUGAAUUGGAUGGGAAAAGGAGAAAGGAGGGUGUGAACCUAGUGAUCCCAUUUGUUCCUUCGGCUGAUAACUCCAACCUCUCUGCAGACGGGGAUGACUCCUUCAUUAGUGUGGACUCAGCCAUGCCCAGCCCUUUCAGUGAGAUCUCCAUCAGCAGUGAGCUGCACACCGGCUCUAUUCCUCCCGAUGAGAGCAGCAGCGACAUGCUGGUCAUUGUGGAUGACCCAGCCUCCUCAGCCCCUCAGUCUCGAGCCACCAACUCUCCUGCUUCCAUAACGGGCUCCGUGUCAGACACUGUGAACGGAAUUUCCAUUCAGGAAAUGCCAGCCGCAGGACGUGGUCAUUCAGCCCGAAGCCGAGGCCGCCCCAAAGGUUCAGGAAGCACAGCCAAAGGAGCAGGGAAGGGCCGGAGCCGGAAGUCCACCGCAGGCAGUGCUGCUGCAAUGGCAGGAGCCAAAGCAGGGGCUGCCGCGGCCUCUGCAGCUGCCUAUGCUGCAUACGGGUACAACGUGUCUAAAGCUCAUCACACCCUUGGAAAAUAACAAUCAUGGCAGUGGUCAAGGCUGCCAUGGCAGGAUUUCACCCACGGAUGGGGCAAAGCAUGACACUCAUCAUGCUUUCUCCCGGAGGCAACAGCGGGUAGAGUGUCACAAGAAUAAUUGACAGUGCUUGGUGACUGGGAACGGAAAACAAGGGAAAGGACUGAUCUGGACAUUACCCACAGCUCCACUGUGGAUGAGAGGAGACACGAGUCUGCCUGCUGAGCACUUAGAAUUGAUUCUUAGGAAUGUUCAAAAGGGUUGUUGCCCAGGAAGCCAUCGCUGGAGAUGGGAGAUUUGAACCGGGUCCUUAAAGUGGCAGGGCUUGGAGAGCAGAGGUAGCUGCCUCCAACACAAGGAGAACUGCAUGAGUGUAGACACAGGAUAGAGUGGGCAGCCUUGUGUCCUCUGGCCAGACUGGGGAGUAGAGGACAUCUUCUGAAAUUAAGAAGGAAGCAGCUGGGACUUCCCUGGUGGCGCAGUGGUUAAGAAUCCGCCUGCCAAUGCAGGGGACAUGGGUUCGAGCCCUGGUCCAGGAAGAUCCCACAUGCCGCGGAGCAACUAAGCCCGUGAGCCACAGCUACCGAGCCUGUGCUCUAGAGCCUGCGAGCCACAACUACCUAGCCCACGUGCCACAACUACUGAAGCCCUCGCGGCUAGAGCCCGUGCUCCGCAACAAGAGAAGCCACCGCAGUGAGAAGCCCACGCACCGCAAGAAAGAGUAGCCCCCGCUCGCCGCAACUAGAGAAAGCUGGCACAUAGCAACGAAGACCCAAUGCAGCCAAAAAUUUAAAAAUAAAUAAAUAAUUUUUUAAAAAAAUAAAGAGGGAAGCAACUAAUCACAAGUGGUGUCCUAAAAAGGAAGAAGGAAUGUGUAAGAAAAUACAUUAGUGCCUGUAAGUUACGGCUCAUCCUGCAGCCUUGGCUUUCCCAUGUUAUAUAAUGCGUGCUCUGCCCUUGAGUGCCAAGGUGACAUCUUACUCCUUGUUGAUGCGGUAAUGUGGAGAGAGCCGGGUAGGUAUCAUUUUUCUCUUACUGAAAAAACAGUUGACAGGAAGAGCAAGCAAAUAUGCUAAGAAGAGUGGCAGGGAGGGGGUUCCCGACGACCUCAUCUCCAGACCAGACUCCAGCAAUCGAAGUCAGGCACUGAGGCACUCAGACAGGACUGGUGCUUAUGCUUGUCUUGCCUCUCUUUCCCUCCCCACAGGAAUCUCCGCCAGCAGUCCUCUGCAGACAUCCCUUGUUCGGCCUGCUGGCCUUGCUGACUUUGGACCUUCAAGCGCCUCUUCUCC